AAGACUGUGAACUGUGAAGGACUGAAUUGUGGAGUUAGACCGUUAAACAGUUUUUCACCAUUGCUAUUUUCCGGAUUUUUUGGGCGGGGCUAAAACGGGGGCUCGAUGACGCACUGGAGCCCCUGAGCUCCUGGACACGCCCCUACUUGAUGACGCACUGGAGCCCCUGAGGCUGGCCGCUCCCUAACAAUAUAAAUAGAGCACAUUCGCAUCAGUUUGGCGCUCAAUCGCGAGUUACUGUCAGUACUAUUAUUAGUUACUACAGCCUACAGUUUGCUAGUUAGCUAUGCCUUCGGCACAGAAAUGCGUACUACCUGGAUGCGAUCAUGUACGAAACAGAUCGGUGUCCUUAUUUAAAUUUCCUAAAAACGAUCACAUCAAGAAGAGGUGGAUUAAUUUUGUGAAGAGCCACCUUGAUGGAGAGCUGAGGAUCACCACCAAAACCCGCCUCUGUAGUGAUCAUUUUACAAGGGAUAGUUUUAUAAACUUUCGUCGGAGACAACUGGGAUUCACUGAUAAUCCGCUGUUACUGGUGAAUGGGGCCGAACCGACUAUCUCCCGCCUUGGCCCUCAUCCUCCCGUCGCGCCGACAACUGGAGCCAUCAUCGGCAGUGCGUGCCCACCAAUGACGCAGUCCCUUCCGACCACAAAAGAGACCGAGUCUUUUAUGCAUAAAGUCACUCGAGAAGUUGGAUGUCAGACAGAUCACUUUGUGGGGAAAAGGACUGUGGCCACACAACUGUCUAAAAGAACACUAGCCAACAUAAAGAGUACAGGUUCUCAAGCUACUGUGGCCACAAAGAGUGUUGCUGUUGGAAACACCACAGCCAUGCUUCUUCCGCUUUGCUCUUCAACUCCAAUGUAUAUAGACAUGAUAGUCCAGAUUUGACAGUCUAACAGAACGGGACCCCAGAAGAUGACAGUUUGAUUCAUCAACCUGCAGUCUGCCUCAUAUCAUUCACGUAUACAUUAAUAAACAUAAUUUCCUAAUA